AUGCUCAAACAAUCAACGCAACAACAAAUUGGCUCACACGGUUCGGUCUUUCAGAUCGAACAGAAUUUAUCUCAAAGAUACCCUUACAAAGAAAUACCAUUCAAUGAACGAAUGCAAAAUGUUGUCUAUGAUUCAUUCGGUUAUAUGGGAUUACAAAGAAAUAUUGACAUGAUCAAGGACACCAAAUUUUCAAAUGAGGAACGAAUUAAAUCCUUGAAACUUAUAUUCAACUCGUGUAUUAAUCCCGAUAUGAAAGCAAGAGCCAUUACUCAAUUUAAGAUUGUCGAUUCCUUACAAUAUCUUUUCAGCUCCGAUUUUCAGAACUCUGUCGCAACGAUAUCGCACAGAAUUUUGCUCAAUGAAUGGGCAAGCAAGAUUGUUUAUUCCUUAGCAAGCAUUUCAACAUUUAAAGAGGCCCUAAAACCACUGAUUUUUCCCUUGCUCACUGUGAUCACUGGGGAUAUCAUGAAAGGCUCAAGCACAAAACUCAAACACACCACACACUAUAGAGACAAGGUUGCUGCAGCUCAAGCUCUUCACCAAUUCAGCCUUUGUCACAUAGGAUGUAAAGUUCUUCUCUCCUAUGACAUGGAGCGGAAAGACGACAACAAAAUUUUAGAUGUUCUAAUUUAUACCAUGAACAAUUCAACAAGCGAACUUCUAAUUGAGUAUUGUGUCAAGACCGUCUCAAGUAUGUGUGAGUUAAAUUCAACAGCAAGAGAUCUAGCAGCAAGCUUAAAUAUUGUAAAUUCCUUGAAUACCUUGCUAGAUAUGUUUGAAAUGUAUCCAAUUUCGCUGACAGCAAAUGCGUGCCUGCUAGUGUGGAAUGUAUCUUUGGAUGGGCAAGGAAAGCCGUAUUGCAAGGAUCACAUACCAAAGUUGGGACGUGUGAUAGAGUACGCCCUUAAAAACAUCGAAACCAUUGAUCUAGAUAAUAUUCCAGAGAAUGAUACUUUUUCAAUCCAUCUUUUAGCUUCACUGCAGUAUUGCAUUGGCGCAAUGUCAUCUAUUUUGGUGUUUGAGGAGAGUAAAAUUUUAUUGACAAAGAAUGUGCAUUCAGAGGACAAUAGAAGGCAAGAAAUCAAUUCAGUGAACUUGCUCUCUCGGAAGUGA